UAACAUAUUCUUAGGCUAGUUCUAUAGGUUCUUUACUCGUCGCGUGAUACUACCGAGAACAAUCAUUCAAUAUGCGGGGAAGAAAAGGCGUAUUGGCACCGCAGAAUUCAUUCUUGAACACGAUAGCAACUAGGUUUUAUGGAACCCAAAGUUGUUUUAUUCUCGGAAGUGCACAGAUACCUGGUGUAUAUCGCAUCGUAUAUUGUUCAGAUGGAUUCUGCAAACUAACUGGUCAUCCACAAGCGCAGGUCAUGCAAAAAAGUUGCACUUGCAGUUUUUUGUACGGAAAAAAGACGAACGAUGAUGACAAAAAAGCUAUUUGGGAUUCAUUGAAUAAAAAGAAGGAAUUUCACACAAAAAUAAUGCUUUAUAGAAAAGAUGGAUCCAUGUUCGAAUGCUUACUUGAUAUCGAUCCAAUCCGUGAUAAGAGCAAAAAUGUUAUUUGGUUCAUGGUGUGUCUUAAAAACCAGAGUCCUGAAAAAGUUACGGAAGAAGAUGCAUCGGAGCUCGAAAAAAGCCUCAUGGAAUCGUCGAAAACUUUGUCUAGUCUUAAAAAAGAUUCUGAUAGCACUUCGUUGGGAGAAAUUGAAAAUUCAUCAUGUAUGCCUCAUCAGAGACGACGAAGUAGAGCAGUUCUUUAUAGUUUAUCAGGCCAUAUUGAAAGAAAAGAUUUGACCUCAUCAAGAAUAAACAGUUGUGCGUCAACUAGCAGCCUGUUUACAAGCAAUGGACAUCGUGCUUUAGAAUAUGAAGCUUUCACAGACAUCAAAAAGUCGGUAUUCAUCGUAUUGCACUACAGUAUAACAAAAAUAUUAUGGGAUUGGAUUAUUUUUUUAUGUACGUUAUACGUAGCAACCACUGUUCCGUACUAUGCAGCGUUGCAGACUUGGCCAGGACUUCAACACUUAUCAACGAACGCAAGCAACAAUACCAAUGGAACCAUCACAAAUUCAUACAGCAUACACGACCACUGUCCAACUUACGUAUUUGACGUUUUUCUAGAAUUUAUAUUUAUAUUUGAUAUACUUUUAUCUUUUCGAACAACCUUUGUGGACAAGAUGGGCCAGAUCGUUUCUCUGCCAAAACAAAUAGCGAUUAACUAUGUGAAGUCAACUUUUAUUGUGGAUUUAAUCACAGCUAUACCUUUUGACUUUAUAAGUCAUCUUCUAUCUACCUCAUGGAAGAUUUCAGCUCGAACCCCAAUUGCCAUGUUGAAAACUGUGCGACUAGCGAGGGUUCUCAAACUUUACAAAAAGAUUGACAAUUGGUCUCAAUAUCGAAUUGUCGUUUUGUUUAUGCUAAUGUUCAUGUUUGGCAUGGUGGCACAUUGGAUGGCUUGCAUAUGGUUUGGUAUAGGAUGGUCCGAAUUCCAGAAUCAAGAAUUUGUCACUUCUGGAGGGACAGGUUGGGUUUAUGAAUUGAGCGACGCGAUGCAUUUACCUUUCUAUGCAAAUAAUACGGGAGGUCCUGGAGUUCAAAGUGCAUAUUUGACUUCACUGUAUUUUACAUUGAGCAGCUUGACAAGUGUCGGAUUUGGAAAUGUAUCAGCCAAUACCAACGUGGAGAAAAUCUUUUCAAUUUGCGUCAUGAUUAUCGGAGCAAUCAUGCAUGCCGUCGUAUUUGGAAGCAUCAACGCCAUAAUUCAACGUAUGUACGAAAAACGAUCCGAGUACGACAGGAACGAACGAAAUUUGAAAGAUUUUAUCCGCGCGCGUGGAAUACCGAAACCUCUGAAAACGAGAAUGAUUGAGACAUUCCAGGCAAAAUGGGCAUUAAACAAAGGCGUCAAUGAAGAACAGGUCAUGAAACUUUUGCCUGAUAAUUUGAGAGCUGAUGUGACAAUGCAUUUGCACAAAGACUUGCUGAAUUUGCCUGUGUUCAAAAAUACGGACCAGGGUUGUAAAAGAUAUGUAUCACUCCACGCAGGCAGGAGAUUCAUUUCUCCUGGUGAUACCUUUGUACACGUUGGAGAUCCACUGGAAUAUGUUUAUCUCCUAUGCAGUGGAUCAUUGGAAGUUUCAAGAAAUGACAUAGUUUCGGCAAUUUUGAGUAAAGAUGAUCUUUUUGGUUCUGACAUUUUAAACGAUAAGAUACUUGUGUCAUUUGCUAAUGUGAAAGCUUUAACUUUCUGUGAAAUACAAUGUUUGUCAAUAGAGGGGUUGAGAAAAAUCAAAGAUUUGUAUCCAGAACACUCAGACAUCAUUGAUGAAUUGAGGGCUGAAUUUUCGUGUCAACUUUGGGAGGAAAUCAUGCUGAAUACAGAGGAAAUCGAGCGUCAGACAAAAAUUGAGAGCUGGAACCAACAUUACAGCUCUCAAGGUGAUGUUGAAGAUGACAGUGAUAAUUCAUCCUGCGUUUUUUAUCCAGCUGUUACUAUUAAUUUAAAGACUGAUAUAGAGAAGGACGUAACUGACCAGAAAAAUGCAUCGCCAUUGCAUCAAACUGAAAACAAAGAAGACGAGGAGAGUGAAGUGAUCGACUCUAAAAUAGAUGAAAUGGAGCCACUGAUAAAUUCAAAUACAAACCCUACGCCUGCAUCGGACGCACUGCCCAAAGACCAGAGUCUGGCAGAUAAACUCAAUACACAGAGUUUAAAUGCGGGAGUGCUUCAAAUUAAACGAAAAUCAUUCCAGAAGCAUUCUGUAACGAACAAUGAUGCCAUAACACCAGCAUUUGGUUCCCGGUCCUGUUUCACGAAGAAAAAACAGAAGAAAUCGGUGAAAAAGAGAGUCAGUUUCCACGAUUGUAUCAGCGAAAACAGCGCGAUUGAUAUUUCAAGAAUAAGUCAGCUCUUGGGUAAAACUGGAAACUUGCGUGAUACCAUAUUCGAGGAAGCUUCAACAACCGGACAACGGUCUGAAUGCAAUGGAGCUGUAAGAAACCCAGGUGCGUUUCGUCCAACUUUAGAAGAAACCUGUCUGAAACCCGGGGGCCAAGGAUCGAAAACACGAUCACCCCAGAUAAAAAGACGAUUGAGGAUACGCACUACAAAUGACUUGUCUGACCUAUCAGAUAGCGAUCGAAUAAACUUCUUGCCACGAACCGUGAGAUACAUACGAGACAUGAAAAAACAUAACGAGGACAUUGCACAUGGGGUCGGAAAUUCACCUGCAACUGCAACAGAGGGCAACAAACCUUUUGACAUUCCCACUUGUACUUCGAUCUCCAAACCAGCUGGAACAGCUGCAUUUACACAAUCUGAACCAGACUCUAAUCUAAUAUGCGAAGGUAAAGGAUUUCAUACUCGGAUAAACGAAGUCGAGACAGAAGUAGUAGACGAAAUAAAUGAAAAUAAGGGGAUCGUAAAGACAUCGAGUGCCAGUCCACCGUACUUUGGAACAAUAGCAGGUUUGAAAAAAAGAAGACGCCGUAGGAAGGUUACUCAGCGACAAUCUGACAAGGAUGAAAGUUCAACAUCUGCCGUAGAGGAAGAGAUUGAAAAAACAUCGAGUUCUAGUCCACCGUACUUUGGAACGAUAGAAGAUUUGAAAAAAAGAAGACGCCGUAGGAAGGUUACUCAACAACAAUCUGACAAGGAUGAAAGUUCAACAUCUUCCCUAGAAGAAGAUGUACCGGAUACGGCAUCAUCGCACAAAGUCAGAAGGCCAUCAGUGGUUGAAAUGAAACAUACUCGCGAGAGAAGUCCAAAUAGUAGGAAACAACAGCAAAGACAAAGUUGCUACGACGAAAUGUGUUCGCGACACUGCAAUUCACAACUCGAACAACUGAAAGAGAAGUUCGAUGAUUUGCAAAAUGUGGUGAUGCAGAUUUCAGUCAACAUGAAAGAAGUGUUAACCACUGUAAAGGAAAUGACAUCAAACAACCCCGAUGAGAGAUAUAUCAGAAAUACAGCCCCGAAAGAAAAACGAGAGAUACAAACUGAUGAAAAUUUAUUGGUAGAUCAGCGUCUACAAUAUGGUUAUAGUCGGUCACAUUCCAGCCACAAUUUGCGUCAGUCAGGUUUUAAAGGAAUGACGCCAUUGCCCAAAUGGUCAUCAAUGGAAAUUAUGAAAAUACCAAUAAAGUCUGAAAGGACACCAUGUGAAUAUUACCCGCAAUCCAACGUACGGCGGCACAGCACAGGUGUUUUUAACAGAGAGUAUCCGAUUGAACGUUCGAAAGAUCAAGGUUGGACACAGUAUGAAUCGGCAAACUCCUCAUCGGCUUCACGACGUUCCAAUCAUAUUUGCGCCAAUUUAAGGCGACUAAAUGGCUUCCAACACGUAGAAAGGCCGUCUCAAAUAUCUACACAGGCCGGGGGAGCGCACGCAUUGUCUCAAGAAAACACUUCGAUGCCGGAGUUUCUUCGGGCGACCAGACAUGAUGAAGCAAUUCUGCUUUCACCGACUUGUUUGCCACCGCCAUCUUAUACUUUACGGUCAUCGUCAAAUACAAAUUUUUUAGGCUCGUCAUCACAUGAGAUUAAUGCAACAACAACACAUUAUGAGGACAAUGGUAAUUGCCGCCAUAUUUCAUCACCAUUGAUCAACGACUCGUUAUGCUCGUUUCAAACUGACCCAUCACGAUGUCAAUAUGGUAUUCCUAUUCCUAACUCCAUCCCGAUGUUGACAGUGAGCACUUACAAUAACACAAAUGAAUGCAAUCCUGCUCUUCCCAAACCACAAGUAGUGCAGCAAAUACCGGGUAAUCAUCUCACUAUACCCAUGACACAACUAGGUGGAGGAUGUGAAAGUGGAUACAAUACAUCGAGUCCUUCCUUCGAAAUGUGCUUCCCAUGAGUUUUCAGAUAAGACUAAAUUAUUGGACACGUUUAGUGGCUAUAACGAUCGUUUCAAAAUUUUGUUGUUAUUGUUAUUUGUCUCCGUCUCCAUUUUUAAAAAAUCGCUAUUCUCUUCGAAUACUGGACCAAUU